CCCCGAAGAUUCCCGAAUAGAUAGUAUCUCGUAUAAGCUAUAUCGCAUUGUGAGUUUCGCGAAAUUCUGCAUUCCUUGCCCGAGGGCCUGGAUUUUUUUUGAGCAUGAAGACAGACGAGAGACGGACUCACGACGAUGGGUUUUUCAUGCUUGAGACGAUGAGAGAGACAAAGAAGCCAGGCACAGAACGUAGACGAAGAAGCGAGUCGAUGCAUUUGGUUGCCGUCUUUUUGUUAACUUUCUCUCUGUUUUCGAUCCGUCGGCACUUCGUCUACGACUGGCCCCCUUUCUGCUUUUUUAGGCGUUACAUCUAAGGCGUAGAGUGACGCAAGGCGUUUAGUUACUCUGCUGAUGGUCUAGCGUGCGCAUGCUCCCGCUUACGGCGUUACGUUCUGCCUUUUUUUUCAUAGGAAACAGAAAGAAGGACUCUGCUAUCUUAUCAAAAAAACUAAAGUCGGCGCUUUCGUUAGUUUUCGUCUCCGCUCUGCGUCUCUGCGUCGUGUUUCUCUCUCGGUCGAAACGCUUCCAGUUUCCAUGUCCCCGCCCUCUAAGGCUCUCCGCCUUUCAGGUGUCUGGACUGGUCUGCUGACGCAGUUGGUAGCCGCAGUACCCGCCAAGGAGUGCGCGACGCCAGCCACCACCCACAAGGGUGGCGAUGCCUCUGCGCUGAAACUCGUGCGCAGUAUGGGCGAAAAUAGGCCGCAAGUCCAUACUGAUUUGCUCACGGUGCCGGACGUGCUCCGCCGCGAUUUUUUGGAGAAGUAUGAAAGUGAAAAGCUGGGCGCUGCUGCGUACCAACCACCCCAAGCCCCUACGCAGCACCGCACGGAUUUGCCUACUUCCGAUCCCUCUGCGCCUUCUUCGUCAGAGCUCCCAGCGAGCUCAAGCGGCUGCUGCCGGUAAGUGUCGAACUCUUUGCGUGAGAAGCUACCCCAUACG